CGCGGCCAUGGUGCGGCUGCACGUCAAGCGCGGCGGCGAGAGUCAGUUUCUGCUGGAGGCGCCGGGCAGCGCCCGCCUGGCCGAGCUGGCGCCGCUCGCCGCCCGCAUCCACAACGGGCGGCUGAAGGUGCAGCGCCUGUGCUCAGAGAUGGAGGAGCUGGCAGAGCAUGGUAUUUCCUUACCUUACAAUAUGCAAGGAUUGACAGAUGAGCAGAUCAAAGAGCUGAAGUUAAAAGAUGAGUGGGCAGAGAAGUGCCUUCCAAGCGGUGGAAGCAUCUUCAGGAGGGAUGAAAUGGGGCGAAGAAAUGGAUUUGCUCCAAAUGAAAAAAUGCAGCAAGUUAUAAAGAAGACAAUAGAAGAAGCCAAGGCACUAAUCUCUAAGAAACAAGUUCAGGCCAACGUGUGUGUUACUAUGGAGAUGGUGAAAGAUGCGUUGGAGCAGCUCCGAGGGGCUGUGAUGAUUGUGUAUCCAAUGGGAUUGCCUCCACAUGAUCCAAUUAGGAUGGAGUUGGAAGAUAAAGAAGACUUGUCAGGAACUCAUGCUGCAACUGAAGUUGUGAAAGAAUCAGAAGCACAGUUAUGGUGGGCAGGAAAGCAAUUGGAAGAAACGAAGUUGCUCUCUGACUACGUAGGCAAAAAUGAGAAAACUACCAUUAUUGUCAAGAUCCAGAAAAAAGGCCAAGGAGCUCCGGGGCGGGAGCCUGUGAUCAGUCAUGAAGAGCAAAAAGAGAUGAUGCUGUACUACUACAGGAAGCAGGAGGAGCUGAAGAAACUGGAGGAGGAGGACGACGACUCAUUUCUAAAUGCUGAGUGGGCAGACAGCCAUGCUCUGAAAAGGCAAUUCCACGGUGUAAAAGACAUCAAAUGGGGUCCCAGAUGAAGCUCUGCAAACCCCUUCUUAAGCUGCUCAGUUGAUGCUCUUGUUUGCAGCAAGGAGUUGUGUUGUGUGUGGUAGAUUCUUCUGACAGCAGCUGAAACUGUCACUUCUGUGGCCUUAGAUGUUCAAUAAAUCUUCGUAUUUCUCUGUGACUGCAGCAGCACUUUUCUCUGCAAAAAAAAAUGAACAGAUUCUCUUGAAGUUUGGUAUUUUAUUAGAAACUUGUGAUUUGGAUAUGGAAAUGUCAAUCUGUUUCAUAGGUAAGAGAUGUAGUAAAUAUGUACUGGAAUGUU